AGCAUUAGAUCUAUUCUUACAACCAAAGGGUUCAAAAUCCCUAGCCAUUUUAAUUUGGGCAUUGUUCCUUUCCCGUUUUACAAAGUCCCUAGCCAGAUUUCCUGUUAGAGGCAGCCAUGACGUUCCUAAUUCCAAGCACCAAACGCCUCAUUUCUUGCACCACAGCCGUCGCCCCCACGAUUUCCCGUUCCUACACCCGAAACUACAGCCUGAUACCGAUGGUGAUCGAACACUCUUCCCGCGGCGAGAGAGCUUACGACAUUUUCUCUCGUCUCCUCAAGGAAAGGAUCGUAUGCAUCAACGGAUCCAUCAACGACGACACCGCCCACGUCGUUGUCGCCCAGCUCCUCUUCCUCGAAUCCGAAAACCCAUCCAAACCUAUCCACAUGUACCUCAACUCCCCCGGCGGCCAAGUCACUGCAGGUCUUGCAAUUUAUGAUACGAUGCAGUACAUUAAGUCUCCGGUCAACACAAUCUGUUUGGGGCAAGCUGCAUCCAUGGGUUCUCUCCUUUUAGCUGCGGGAGCAAAGGGUGAAAGGCGGUCCCUCCCCAAUGCCACCAUCAUGGUUCACCAACCUUCUGGUGGAUACAGUGGCCAGGCUAAAGAUAUGACUAUCCACACUAAGCAGAUUGUUCGUGUUUGGGAUGCAUUGAAUGCUUUGUAUUCUAAGCAUACAGGCCAACCCAUUGAUGUAAUUCAGAAGCAUAUGGACAGGGAUUAUUUUAUGACUCCUGAAGAGGCUAAAGAUUUUGGGUUGAUUGAUGAAGUUAUUGAUCAAAGGCCAAUGGCUCUGGUCGCAGAUGCUGUUGGUAAUGAAACCAAAGAUAGCAGAGACAGCAACGUUAAAGGGUCCAAUUAGGAUUAGAGGCAGUAAGCUCUUUCUUGAUUAAUUGUUGCUAUUCUUCAUUCUCAUGGUUAUCUGUUUUUCUAGUUGUGGACUCAUUUGAUGCUUCUGGAAUUAAUUUUCGAGACUUCGGGAGCUUGCUAGCUAAUAUUUCAGUCGGUACAUUUUUUAAAUCAUAUGCAUAAAGUUUUGCCGGCAAAGGUUUUUAUUUGAGUAUCUUUUAGGGAUGUGGACUUGUGGAAAUGUAGACAUGAGCGGAUGUUACUUUCUAUAAUUGAUGCAUGGCUAAAUUCUUUAGCUA